AUGGGAAGAACGAAGGGUGAAAUUGGUCGGAAGUCGAUAAGGAUGCCGUCGUCGGAAUAUGCGACCGCUGAUCGACGGCAGGAGAGGGAAUCCCAGCGGUCGGGGGAGAGGACGUUAAGAGUUCGGAAAGGACUUGUGCUUAGCAGUGGUGGUAGCAGUAGUAGUAGUGGUAGUGGUGGUAGUGGUAGUAGUGAUGACGAAGGAAGAAAGGGUUGGUGGACUGCAAGGCUGGAUGAUCCGAGCUCCCAGAGACGAAUUGCUGGAGAGCGCAAGUCAGGUCAAGCAAGCCCCUCCUCCGGUUUGAGGGCAACGGAGCGAGAAGAUUUGCCCAAUCCAGCGUCACGUCGGACGGUCCAAGCUGUGGAUCCGGGCCAGAGCGACGAUGGCCUGACUGACUUUCUUGGGAAAUAG